AACACUUUUUUUGCUACUAAAUCCUAAUUUAUUAAGAAGAGAGAUUCACAAACUUUGUAACUGAAACACAAACAAGCCAUGUCGAAUAUACAAGGCAAAGAUGGAAUCUACAGAUCACCAAGGCCUCCCAUUUCUCUUCCCCACCACCCCAAUUUUUCAAUGCUUCCAUUUCUCUUCAGAAACUUGUCAUCCAUUUCCAACUCCCCUGCACUUAUCGAUGCUGAUUCUGCGCAAACCUUAACGUUUUCGGACCUCAAAACUCAUGUUUUAAGGCUCUCAUGUGCCCUCCUCAACCUUAACAUCUCCAAAAACGAUGCCAUCCUAAUCUUGUCUCCAAACUCCAUCCGUUUCCCAGUCGCUUUCUUAGCGGUGGUAGCUGUUGGGGCCGUUGCCAUCCCCUCCAACCCACUAUACACAGCAGCUGAGAUUUCCAAACAGAUCAAAGACAGCAAUCCCAAACUGAUCAUCACAGUCCAUCAACUUUAUGACAGAAUCAAACAGUUCAACCUUCCUUGCAUUCUGCUAAACCAAAGUGCCUCAAACAAUCCAAUGGUGCAUAGCUAUUUGGAUUUGAUCCAGUCGACACCAACCACAUCUUUGCCAGAUGUGAUGCAGAGUGAUGCAGCAGCAAUAUUGUAUUCAUCGGGGACAACGGGAGCUAGCAAAGGAGCUGUGCUGACACACAAGAACUUCAUGGCAUCUGCCCUGAUGAUGACAUCAGAUCAAGAAGCAAAUAAGAAAUCAGGGAAUGUGUUUCUCUGCUUCUUACCCAUGUGCCAUAUCUUUGGACUGUCGGCUCUGCUUUACGCACAGCUGCAGAGAGGGAACACGGUGGUGGUAAUGGCGCGGUAUGAGAUGAAUGCUAUGCUGAGGGCUAUUGAGCAGUACAAGGUGACACAUUUGUUAGUCGUGCCCCUUGUCGUUUUGGAGCUGAUUAAGAAGCAGGAGAAGGUGAAGGAGUACGAUGUUUCGACAUUGAGGGAGGUUACGUCCGGAGCAGCUCCAUUAGGCAAAGAGAUGAUAGAAGCAUGCUCCAACAUUUUUCCACAAGCUGUUGUAUCUCAGGGGUAUGGCUUGACAGAAGCAACAGGUGUUGUUUCAUUUGAAAACAGAAGGUUGUUUCCAUCGCAUCCAGGCUCUGUAGGGCCACUUGUUCCCAGUGUUGAAGCUCAAAUAGUUGAUUCGGAUACAAUGAAAUGCCUCUCUCCUUUUCAGAAAGGGGAAUUAUGGAUUAAAGGCCCCCUGGUGAUGAAGGGCUAUUUGAACAACCACAAGGCGACCGCGGAAAUCAUAGAUGAGGAAGGCUGGUUGCACACAGGAGAUGUUGGCUAUUUUGAUGACGAGGGUCGACUCUAUAUUGUAGACCGCGUAAAAGAGCUCAUCAAAUAUAAAGGCUUUCAGGUUGCACCUUCAGAGCUAGAAGAGCUGCUUCUCACUCAUCCUGAAAUAGUGGACGCUGCUGUUAUAGGAUUAGAUGAUGCUGAAGCUGGUGAAAUUCCAAUAGCAUAUAUUGUGAGAUCAUCCAUGAGUUCUCUAACAAAACAACAAGUACAGCAGUUUAUUGCACAACAGGUUGCACCAUUCAAAAGAUUGAGGAGGGUGAUUUUUACUAGAGAAAUACCCAGAUCACCUAUAGGAAAGAUUUUGAGGAAAGAGCUUAGACAACGAUCUGUUGCAAAACUCUAGGUUGUACCUCAGGGAAGAUUAUGAAGAAGCUCCGACAACAAAAUUCUAGCAAAAUUCUAUCAUUAAUAAUUGUGUUACAAUAACUAUUGUUAUGAAUAAAAGUAAUUAUUUUUGUAAAAGAAAAAGCUCAACUCAAAGACGGCGAGCUAGUGUCUAUGGCAAGAAAAAAAGAUCAAACAGCACAUGCCAUAAAUAAAACUA